GUUUGACCAUGAAGUUACGUAGCAAGAAAGAGGCUGUUGUUAGUUAGUUGAAUAAAUAUGGAUAUCGAGGUGUAGGGUGAGUCGAAUUUAAAGGUUCAUAGCGCCAUUGAGAGAGUGAGAGUUGUCUUUAAGUAACUACUGGUAUUUGGAAACAGCGAUGUGAGCUGAACAGUCUCAUUUACACUUUAGUGAUUCAUGCAACUAACAGCAUGUGUUUUGUGGUUGGAAACCAAGUGUCUGUACAGUUUUUAGGUUAAAAAUAAAAGCUGAUUUAUAGCUGAACUGAAGGAGAAGAUGAGUGAGUAACCUAACUUAUAUUCAGUUCUCACUAGGCCAGAGGUUAAACAUCCUAACAUGGGCUCCACUGUGAUAUUGACUGUCAGAAUAUGCCACAGACCCUUCCAGUCUUUCUUUCAACAAGGAAGUUCAGCUUUCACCACAUUUAAGACUUCUCUGUGUAAGUCAUCGCAGCAGCCUCUGUCUGCACGCUGUCUGUGCACCAGAGACCCAGGUGUUAGACUGGCAGACAGGAGGAACAGUGGACAGGGUGGAGGAAAAAACACCAGACGUAGGGAAGAUGAAUCUUGGGGUGAUGCUGAGAAGGGAAGAGGUAAGACCUCCACCCUUCGACAGAGACCUUCCCUCCCCAGAUCUGUGUUUGCUGCUGGGACAGCAAAGAGGAAAGCCGAGCUGAGGAUGAUGAGGAAACCUGCCCUAGUCUGUCAGGAUGAAGAGGAGCCUGAAGGGAGGAUGACUAGAGGAGCAGGGAAGAUGCAGCCUCCUGAACAGCCGUUAUCUGCUUCAGAGUGGAGGAAGCUGAAGGAGUCUCUGGGGAAUUCUCAACGGUUUGAGGUCCAGAUGAUGCAGGCAAUGUUCUCCUCCCAGGCAGAGCUGGAUAUUGCCAAGUCCCUGUUGACUUUUGUAGCCAUGGAAACAGGGACGCUGGCUUAUGACCUCCUCCUCCGGUACUUGACGUUCUGUGUGAGUGGCGGCCAUGACACUGAGGUGUUUGAUGUCUAUGACAUCAUGCAAGGAAGCUUUGCGUCUCUGGACACAGGAGCCUCCAGCCUCUUCAUCAAGUCCUUCAGCCGGACAGCGAGGUGGAGGGAGGCUAUCAACAUCCUGAACGAGCUAAAGAAGGUCUUUUCCCCAUCACCACGCAAUUAUGGUGAUGUCAUCUCAGCAGCGAUCUUACACGGUGACACAACCACUGCCUGGGCUCUUUAUGAUGAAUUAACUGAAAAGGGGCUAAGCCCACACCAGGAGACCUGGGACGCUCUGUUUAAGGGAGUGAGGAAGACUGAGGAAAGCAGGAAAGAAGCAGCAGCAGCAGCCAUGUCUCAGUCUGAGCACAAGGAGAGACUGCUGGAGAUUCUGCUUUACAUGAGAAACAAUCAGAUUUACCCCCAGCGCAGCCUCGCCAGCAGCAUCAGAACCUGGUUUGAGAGUCUCACCGGGCAGAGAUGGACAGGAGGUUGGACCACGGCCACCCCAAAGGGUGUUUGCGGGUGCUGUGGGUCUGAGUUAGAGUCCAUCCAGCUGACUGCUGCGGAGUACCAACAACUGAAAGGCAGAGUGAUGGCUGAAAUCAUUCAGGGACAAGAUGUUUUCAACAAUACUACACCGGAGGAGUUGGAAAAGUUCAAGACAUUUGUGAAGAGGAAGCCAGCGUUUGAUGUGGUCGUAGAUGGAUUGAAUGUGGCAAACAUCAACAUGGACAAAUCGAAGCUGUCAGAGACGCUGCUGGCGGUGGUGUCGGAGCUGGAGCGUCGGGGCCUCACUGUCCUGGUGUUGGGGAGGAAACACAUGCUGCGGCCCUCCAGAUCCUGGCAGAGACACAACAUGGAUCUCAUCCGGCAGAAAGCUCAUUGCUUUUUCACUGAAAAUAUUUCGGAGGACGACCCCUUCUUGCUGUAUGCCACUUUGCAUUCUGGGAACCACUGUAAGUUUGUGAGCAGGGACCUAAUGAGGGACCACAAGGCCUGCCUGUCAGAAGGACCCAUCAGGCAGCUCUUCUUCAAAUGGCAGAGAGGCCACCAGCUGGUAGUGGGUGGUAGCGUCGCAGCCAGCAAGAGAGUCCGAUUUCUGAGUAUUCCUGAGUAUGACACCAUUGUCCAGACUUCACCGGACUCUUGGCACCUUCCCUACGACGACACAGAAGACAGGAGCACCUAUGAAGUACCUCAGAGAUGGCUCUGCCUCACCAGAAAGCACUGAACAGACAUCCUCCUAACACAUAUGCUUUUACAAUGACUACGGGACUUGUAAAUAAAACAUUUACCACAUUGA